UAUUCAAAUGUUAAUCUACUUUCCCGAAAUAUCUACACUUAAUAGUUAAUAAUUUAAAAUGACAAUUUGUUUCUAUAACUUGGGUAGUUUAUGGAUCUUAAGCUGCCUCUUUGGAAUACUAGUUCAAUCAGCGGCCUCGUCUAACAAUCAAAGUGCUCCUAUUAUAUCUGGUACUCGGGCGCAAGAGGGACAAUUUCCUUGGCAUGUUCUUUUAAGAAGAGACAUAGAAGACGAAUUGUUGUGUGGCGCCUCGGUGAUAGCAAAUAAAUGGGUUCUAACAGCUGGACAUUGCGUCUAUGAUUUGGACUCGGUUGUACUGGUAUUUGGCAGAAUAGAGCUGGACGUUGAUGAUCCCAUGAUGACAGCCACUAAGUUUCAUAUACAUCCUGACUACAAUGAUAAUGACUUGACUGAUGAUCUGGCUCUUAUUGAACUGCCUUCACUCUUAAAUUUUACGGAUAACAUAAAAGCAAUUGAAUUAGUUUCAUCCUCUGACGCUUCAAAUGAGUUUGUGGGUGCCGAAUGCAUUGUUACCCGGUUUCGGUCAAACCUCAGAGAAUAGUAAAGAAAAUUCCGAAUGGCUUCAAUGGACAACACUAGAAAUUAUCAAUAAUACGAUUUGUGCUGAAGAGUUUCAUGAAGAAGAAAUAGAGGAUACAAUUAUGUGUUCGAUUGGUUGGAAUGGUACCAAUCAGUCUCCCUGCGAUGGUGAUUCGGGCGGUGCUUUAGUUUGGAAGAAUCAAGAGAAUCAAUAUGUACAAAUUGGCAUACAUUCUUUUUCGAAAAAGAGAUGUUCACGAUUUCCUUCGGCAUUCACUAGAGUUACUUCGUAUUUAGAUUAUAUAAGCAAUAUAACGGGUAUAAAUUUUAAAUAAUUUUUAAACUACCAUGGCAGUACGUACUUUAAGCCAUAGGAAGUAAAAUAAAUCUGUGUAAACUAAAUGAU